UCUAUUUGCAGGUCUUAUAGUUUUCAAAGUGAAAGUUUAUAUUCGAGUGGAUCAUCUCGACUAAUCUCGAGAUACGAAAUUUAUCAUUAUCAUUACAUUCUCGAUGUAUCAAUGGUCCCAGAUGGUAUUUGGCAAGAAAAUAAAUUAUAUGUGAGAUUAUUAUAAUGGACGAACAACAUAGUAAUGGUGACCUAAAGAGGAGGAAACUCCACGCAGUAGACACAAUUGAUGAAAUAAAAAAUGGGAAUGAGUCAGAGAGAAAACCCAUAAAAGUUCCAGUUACAAAUUCAAAAAUAAUCGCGCUGGUGUUUGUGUCUUUAUUGCUGGACUUGCUUGCUUUUACGAUGAUCCUGCCCCUGUUACCUUCUCUUUUGGAUUAUUAUAACAGAGAGGAAGGCAAAGGAAACAGUUUGUAUGCCUCCCUUUUGAGGGCUGUGCAAGGAUUCCAAAAGCUCACUGGAGCCCCGGAUAAGUUUGCAUCCGUCCUUUUCGGCGGUGCCCUUGGCUCCAUGUAUAGUUUUCUACAAUUCCUAACCAGCCCAAUAGUAGGAAGCCUGUCUGAUGCAUAUGGACGGAAACCCAUGCUUUUAAUUUGCUUGUCAGGUAUAGCACUAUCCCACGCGUUAUGGGGCUACGCGCAAACAUUCAGCGUGUUCGUAUUGGCGCGGUUCAUUGGUGGACUGAGUAAGGCCAACGUGAGCCUGAGCAUGGCGGUCGUAACUGACGUCUCUAAUGAGAAGACCAGAGCUCGGGGAAUGGCCUUGAUAGGUCUGGCGUUUUCAAUAGGUUUCAUAGCAGGGCCGCUAGCUGGAGCAUGGUUUGCGAAGACCAAUGACCCCUCCUACGGGGCUUGGGGCGAACGAGCAGCCUUCUGGGCCCUCGCUUUAUCCACUGCCAAUAUAGCACUAGUAUUCUUCUGUAUACCCGAGACUUUGGACAAGGACAAAAGAGCUCCCUUAUCAUUCACUCUAUACAAAGCCGUGGAUUUCGUCUCCCCUUGGCACUUAUACAAGUUCACCGCAGUCAAAAACCUGUCUCAACAACAGAACAAAGUACUUUCUAAACUUGGACUGAUCUAUUUUCUAUACUUGUUCUUCUAUUCGGGAUUAGAGUUUACUAUUACAUUCCUAACACACCACACUUUCAACUAUACCACCAUGCAGCAAGGGAGAAUGUUCCUAGUCAUUGGAUUAAUAAUGGCAGUGCUGCAAGGCGGCGCGGCGCGUCGUCUAGGAGCCCGAGGGGCUGAGCGGGCGGCUCGGGGAGCGCUGCUGCUCACGCCAGCAUCCUUCGUGUGCGUGGCGCUCGCGGCCGUCAACAACCCGCCCCUAUUGGCCCCAGUGGCAUGGCUCUGGACUGGGCUUGUACUCUUCGCGCUGUCAACAGCGUUCGCGGUCUCGUGUAUGACAUCGAUGGCCGCGGCGAAGGCACCUGAGGAGGCGCGCGGGGCCGUGCUCGGGACCCUCCGGUCACUCGGAGCCCUCGCUAGAGGCCUGGGGCCUCUUCUUGCUGCUGCAGUGUAUUGGUAUUCCGGCGCUGCGACGACAUACUCUAUCGGCGCAACGAUCCUCAUCAUUCCUGCUGUGAUGCUCUAUAGACUGAAGACGUGAACGCAGACUUUACACUGCGAACACAAGCAAUAAUUUACAUAAUAACUACAUUAAGUCUUUAUUUUUAACAUUUCCAUUAUUAUUUAUUGAACAUUUUGCACUGUCGAUUUUUAUAUUUUUUAUUUGUAUUUUAUACCUAGUAUUGUUGUUGCCUUUAUUGCCUUCUAAUUCUUAUCUCGAAUAACAAACAGUAUUAAAUAUUUUUCUUUGAAA